GAAAACCUCCGUCCUUCAUCGCCGGCGCCGACAUCAAAGAAAUGUCCACCCUCUCUUCUUCCACAGAAGCUCGAACUUUCAUCAUAAAAAUCCACGAAACCUGCACCGCCCUCCGAAAAAUCCCUGUGCCUGUGAUCGCGAAAAUCCAUGGGUUAUGUUUCGGCGCAGGUUUAGAAAUUGCAGCGAGUUGUGAUUUUCGAAUCGCAACGAGAAAUUCCGUGUUCGCGAUGCCGGAAGUUCAAGUGGGGAUUCCGAGUGUGGUGGAGGCGGCGUUGUUGCCUUUGCUGAUUGGGAUGGGGAGGACGAGGAGGUUGGUUUUCUUAGGGGAACAUGUGAAUGCGGAAGAGGCGGAGAGGUGGGGGUUGAUUGAGAGGGUUGUGGAGGCGGAGGGGGAGUUGGAUGAGGUUGUCGGGGAGUGGGUUGCGAGGAUUUGUGGGAUGGGGCCCCAGGCUGUGAGGAGGCAGAAGGUGUUGAUUAGGGAGUGGGAGAGGGGGUUUGGGGUUGAGGAGGGGAUUGAAGAGGGUGUGGAGGCUUUUGCUGGGGCUUUUGAGGAUGGGGGGUUGGAGCCGAGGGAAUUUAUGGGGAGGUUUUUGGGGAGGCGGAGGGCGUAGGGCGGUGGCGAGCGUUCUUGAUAGAUGUGGUUCUGGUCGGAGAUGCCGGGAAGAUGCCGUUGUAAGUGAGUAUCUCGCACCAUUCUCCUUCCUUCCAAUUUCCGAUUCAAGCUGUUAUGGGUUGCCUUUAUAGACUCGGAGCCAGGAAGACGUUUGAAAUAACAGCAAGACGAAGGCUGGUGGAGACUAUUGGCUGCUCUGACGAAGAAGAUUUAUGUGCAAUGUUGCUCGACCUCACCGAAUACAUAUAGCAGGCCCGGCCGUCUUUACCUGCAGAAAGGAUCAGUUCUGUGCGGCGAGAUACUAUCGCCAGGAUGCUCGAUCUCAUGCGCGAGCUGACCGAAGUGCUCCUGGUCAUUGACGAGAAGCCGACGCGCCAGCUUGAUGGGACCGCACAGAUGCGAAUCCAUGAUACUGGGGUCUAUCACUUUCUGUCUGGCUCGUGCUGGUCUCUGGCCGAUACCGGAUGUGAACGAGAGCAUGCUGACGCCACAUCGGGUUCUCGCAAACAUCGUCGUUCAUGACAUGGGAGGGGGUAGAGAGCAAUGGCUCUGAUGGCAGCGAGUGCGGUCCUGGAGAAAUCGUAAUGGAGAGGCUGAAGCGCAUGUUGCUUGGUUGAUAUGGAGGAGCCAGUACACGAAAGUGAUAGAUCAUGCUCGGCGUGUUCGUGCGCCUGGAAGAGCAUUGUAGAUCUCGAUUGCCGCAUAGGAUUGUUUGUUGCUGUUUCGUUGCUGUUGGCAGUCCUCAAAUUUCAGGAAGGAGCCACCUCUG